UAAGUUCAGUCAGUGCCAUCUCCUCCACAUUGCUUCAGUUUCAGGGAAAAUAAAAUGAGCGAAGAAGAAACGAAGUACUUCUCUAAAGAUUUCGAGUGGGAAGAAGUAAGAGAAGAGGUAGAGAAGAAUUUGUCACUCCGGUAUCAUCUUGUCCCUUUCGAAUCCUCCACUCCUCUCUCAUCACCAUCUUCGUCUCUCGCCAACCAAUCCGAAGCAUGGAAGAGUUUUCAUAAUCGUCACUCUUCAGGGAGAUUCUUCAAGGAAAGGCGGUAUUUAUUGAAGGAAUUCCCAGAACUACUUAGCUUUCAUGAAUAUUCAAAGGUAUUGGAGGUGGGGUGCGGGAAUGGGAGCACCGUUCUGCCCAUUUUACGUGGAAAGCAGAGCAGUGCUGUUUAUGCUUGUGAUUGCAGUAAGGAGGCUCUUGAUAGGGCUAAGGAGAUGAUAGAUGCAGCUGAUGGAAUCUUAAUCAAGGAUAGAUUCCAUCCAUUUGUUUGUGAUUUUUCUCGAAAUGGAUUUCCAAAGUGGUUGGUUUGCGAUUCUUGCCGAAGAGAUUCUCUGCAAAAGCAUCGUGAUUUCUUAUCAGAUGGAAAUAAGAGUGAAGGAAUGGAGUUGAACAAGUUAUCCUCCAACAAAGAUCAUUGUUGCAUUGGUGUAUUGGAUUUUGUUACCUUGAUAUUCACAUUAUCUUCCUUGCCGUUCCAAAAGAUGCCAACAGCCCUGGAAGAAUGCAUUUCUGUUUUAAAGCCUGGUGGACUGCUCUUAUUUAGGGAUUAUGGCCUUUAUGACAUGACUAUGCUUCGAUUUCCGCUGGAACAGAGAGUGGGGUUCAGAGAGUACAUGCGUUCUGAUGGCACUCUUUCUAGUUUCUUCUGUUUGGAUACCGUGAGGGACCUCUUUGUAGGUGCAGGCUUCAUUGUGCUUGAACUUGAAUACUGUUGCAUCAAAUCUGUGAAUCGGCAAAAUGGGAAGCAGAUGCGAAGAGUUUGGGUUCAUGGAAAGUUCCAGAAGCCACUUUAAACCCUAAUGUCAACAUAUUUCCAUUGAAGCAUUGCUGAAGAGAUAAUGUGUAUCUGGUAGUGGCUUUAGCAUGUGCAUCUUUGUCACUUUUAGGGAGUUUAGUAUGAUGCACUGGAAAGCCAUUAUCUAAUUUCCAAUCAUCUUAAAGUUAUUAAACUAGCAUUUCUUCAGCUUAUGUUAGCAUAUAUACAUUUGGCUCCAUAUUGGAAGG